AAUUUCAAUACUUUAUUCCCAGAAACCUUCGAGCACUGUAGACCAUGGAUAAAUUUGACAUGAUUAAAAUCAUUGGGGAAGGUGCCUUUGGAAAAGCAUACUUGGCUAAAGAAAAAUUGGAUAGCAAGCACUGUGUCAUAAAAGAGAUCAAUUUUGCAAAGAUGCCUAUCCAAGACAAAGAAGCUUCAAAGAAAGAAGUGAUUCUUUUGGCCAAGAUGAAACAUCCCAACAUUGUAACCUUCUUUAGUUCAUUUCAAGAAAACAGCAGAUUAUUUAUCGUAAUGGAAUAUUGUGAUGGAGGGGAUCUUGCAAAAAGGAUCCUCAGGCAGCGGGGAGUGCUAUUUAGUGAAGAUCAGAUCCUGGGUUGGUUUGUACAGAUUUCUCUUGGACUAAAACAUAUUCACGACAGGAAGAUAUUACACAGGGACAUAAAAUCACAGAACAUUUUUCUUAGCAAGAAUGGAAUGGUUGCAAAACUUGGGGACUUUGGUAUAGCAAGAGUCCUGAAUAAUUCCAUGGAACUUGCCCGGACUUGUGUUGGAACACCUUACUACCUGUCCCCAGAGAUCUGUCAGAGUAAACCGUACAAUAAUAAAACGGAUAUUUGGUCCCUUGGCUGUGUCUUAUAUGAGCUCUGCACACUCAAGCAUCCAUUCGAGGGCAGCAACCUGCACCAGCUGGUUCUGAAGAUUUGUCAAGCGCAUUUUGCCCCCAUAUCACCUAGGUUUUCUCGUGACCUGCGGUCCUUGAUCCCUCAGCUCUUUAAAGUUUCUCCUCGGGAUCGACCAUCUAUUAAUUCCAUCUUGAAAAGGCCCUUUUUAGAGAAUCUGAUUGCCAAAUACUUGACCCCUGAGGUGAGAAGAAUUCAAUCAUAUGCUCAGAUACAGAGCAAGAUCAUCUGCCUCCCCACCUGCUGGAAAGAUGGUCCAGGGCCUGCUGAGUAUCUUCAAAGGAAAAUUGAAGCUCAACAAUAUAAGUUAAAAGUGGAAAAGCAAUUGGGUCUUCGUCCAUCUUCUGCUGAGCCAAAUCACAACCAGAGACAAGAGAUUAGAAGGCAUGGAGAAAAGCCUCGAUUCCAGGAGCUGCAGUUUAGAAAAAACGAAAUGAAGGACCAGGAAUAUUGGAAACAGUUAGAGGAAAUACGCCAACAAUACCAGAGUGACAUGAAGGAAAUUAGAAGGAAGAUGGGAAGAGAGCAGGAGGAGAACUCAAAAAUCAGUCAUCACACCUAUUUGGUGAAGAAGAGUGGCCUGCCCAUCCACCAAGAAGCACCUGAGGAGGAAGCAUCUGUGCAGAACACUGAAAGAGACUUGAAACAAAUGAGGCUUCAGAACAUAAAGGAAAGCAAAAUUCCAGAACAGAAAUAUAAAGCUAAGAGAGGAGUGAAGUUUGAAAUUAAUUUAGACAAAUGUAUUUCGGAUGAAAACUCCCUCCAAGAAGAAAAGGCAACGGACAUACUAAAUGAAACUUUGACCUUUGAGGACGGCAUGAAGUUUAAGGAACAUAAAAGUAUAAAGGAGCACGAAGAUUACACAGACAAAGCCUUUGAAGAACUCUGUGGCCCAGAAGCAGAGGUUUUCACUCUGAAUGUCGCUGCCACAGAAAACAGGAGGCAGUGGGAUACCAGAGUGCCUCAGACUCUGAUACAAAUGAUGGCAGCUGCUGAUGUCACCUCCACGUGCUCCACUGUGCCUGAUGAUGGCCAAGUUAUUGUGACUGAAGGUGUUUCAGAAAAUAGGAAGCAGUGGCAGCAGGAAGCACCAGGGACUUUAAUGGAUGCUUUGGCAGCAGCACCUCUUACAAGCAGCUCAUUUUCUGCCAGUGAAGGAGAGCCUGUAGGAACAUUAAAACAAUGGCUUCCUAAAGAAGAAGAGGGGAAGGUGGGAAUGUCCUCUGGCAUUGAAGUAGAUGAGGAACAACUGGAACCAGGCUCUGAUGAUGAUACAAAUUUUGAAGAGUCUGAAGAUGAGUUGAGAAACGAAGUAGUAGAAUCCCUAGAAAAACUCACUACUUCCAAAGAAGUAAAAAGGGAAGAGGUUUCCAGUUCCUUUAAGGAUGUUGAAAAACCAGGAGAAAGAGAAAGGAUUAGCAUGCUGAAAUCUGAAGAAUUAAAUGAAGGUCUGGAGGCUGUUUCUAGUCCAACUAAUGACUGAAUUAGCAUUAUUUAUGAACACAAAGGAACAUCAACAGCCAGUCAAAAUAUACAAGUGUGAUUAUUAUCCUUUUUCUUUCUUUUUUCUUUUUUGUGCUGUUGGGGACUGAUGGCCUUUGUCUUAAAUAGUAAAUUAGCAUCUAUUUACUGUAGUAUCUGUUUGGGUGCAAAUAAAAAAUAUUCAUUUAUUUGUUAA